UAUGCACCCAGCAAGCCACAUAUAAAGCAAUGGUCAACUGAGCUCUCAGUGAAGGCCCUGCUGGUGAGAUGAAGUCCGUCUUCUUCAGCCUUUCUCUGCUCCUCCUUCUGGAGAGGCGAGCAGCUGGGAUAGGAAUCUAUGCAGGUGAGACAAAAGGACACUUUCUAGUAAAGACGUCCCCAGUUGUGUUUAUCCAGAAAGGCCAUUUCCACUACGGGUCUAGAAGAACACAGGAGGAUGGAGCUGAAGAAAGCGGUUUUGAGCAAACUAAACACCGUGCGUAUGGCCAGGAUGCUGACGCUGACCUGGGAGAGACUCAGAGUUCACAGGAACAGAUAGGUGUAAGUGAAGACAUAGUUUGUGAUGAAGAAGAUGAGAUUAGCCAACAAAAAUCCCAACUUCAAUCCCAGUCACAAAUAAAAUCCCAAACACAACUAAAAUCCCACGGAGCCCAGCUGAAGUCCCAAACAGGCCAGCUAAAGACCCUAGGCCAGCUAAAGACCCUAGGCCAGGUGAAAUCACAAAUCAAGCUGAAAUCCCACAGCGCCCCUCUGAAAUCCUCCCAGGCAUCACAAACUCUCCAGCAAGCUUUUCCUCAGCAAAUCAAGGGCAAAACACAUGCCCUGGAUGAAGACCAGGCUCAGGUGCAUCAGCAGCAUAAAAUGAUUCACAGGCUCAAAAGCAAGCGUGGCCGGGCCAGGAAAACAGCAGAGUUCUUUCCGUAUUUCAGACGGCACUUCCAAGGCUAUGAUGGGUAUUUUGUGCAGUUUCAAGGGCAACUACAGGGUGGAAUUCAUCACACAAAACCUUUCCACCAAGCUCAACAGACGUGCUACUGUCCAAACGGAGAGUUAAUCCUGUAUCAAGAUGCCUUCACAGAUUAACACACCCAUUAUCAGUCAAGGCCAGGACA